GGGCCAGAUGGAGCUGGAGGUGAAGGAGGAUGCGUCUGCUGGGACGCUGUGUGGCUCUAGUGCUGGCGAUGUAGCAGCGGAUGUAGAUGGACCCAUGUGUCGUGGGGAUACUAAACUAUUCCCUGACAAUGCGGUAGCGUCUGAAUCCGCUCAGCGGACGCAGCAAGCCACGACAAAGGUGGUGUUUCUUACGGUCAACGACAUCUACGAGCUGUUUCCAGAUGCUAACGGCGUCGGUGGACUGGCUGAGCUUGCUACCAUGUUGAAAGAUAUUAAGAAAAGGAUCGCACGUGAUGCACACGUAAUAAUCACGCUGAAUGGCGAUUUUCUGUGGCGCUCAGAGUUGGAUCGCAAGGACAAAGGGUGCGUCACAAGCUUCGACGUACUCUCUAAGGAGGCUAACCUCUCUAUUGCCGUCGUUUUCUUGCAGAGCUUUUAUGAUGGAGGUGGUGAACAGUAUUGGCAUCGAGUAUGCGGUGGUAGGGAACCACGAAUUCGACUUUGGGGCGGAGCAUUUGCGUGACCUCCUCGCUGGCGCCAAGUUCACGUGCUUCGGAUCGAACGUCCGAUCUACUAGCAAUGGGAAGUUGUAUCCGGGUCUGGUAGAUACAUAUAUUGUGCCUUUGAGCAACGGACUUCGACUUGGAAUGUUUGGUGUGGUGACGACGGUCACUGGGAAGGACCCAUUUGCUGGUCCGAGCGUCGUCUUCGACGAUGAGCGACCCCAUGCGCAGCGGUGUGUCGAACAUCUUAAGGCUCAAGGAGCCAGUGUUAUUGUGGCACUCACACAUUUCAAGGUAGCAGAUGACGUACGGCUUGCGAUGCAGGUGCCGGGUAUUAACCUCAUUCUCGGAGGCCACGACCACUUCCCAGUGACGUGUGCUGCCGGUGUCGACACGCUCAUCCACAAGUCGGGGAUGGAUGCGCUAUGGCUGGGUGCUGUGGAGAUGACCUUGACCACACCGACGGCGCCACACGGUCUAGAUCAAGCCACAGAUGUUCAAGUGGGUUUUCAAUGGCAAAUGUUGCUGAACCGGGGAUAUGACGCUGAUCCAGCAUGCCUGGCAACGAUAAACAAGUAUAUCAGUGAUGUACGGCAAGAAGAACUGGCACAAGGGAAGCUUGAACCGCUAGGAACGGCUCUAACAGCCUUGGAUGGACGACGUGUCACGUGUCGCACACAGGAAAGCAACAUGGGAAACCUCGUGGCAGACGCACUGCGUGAAGGACUGAGUGCAGACGUCGGGCUAUUGAACGCUGGAUACAUUAAAGGUGACAAGUUGAAUGACCCAGGCCUUGUUAUCACGCGGAAAUGGCUGGAGAAAUAUUUACCGCUGAUGAAGCCUACUGUUGUCGUCGAAUUAUCCCUGCGACAGCUCAAGGAUGCACUAACCUACUGGUUGCGUCGAUAUCCUGCUAUGAGCUCGUCGCAGCCUCACUUUUCCGGUAUUCGUAUAACCUACGAAGCUAAGAACCCAAAUAUUUUGUCGAUUCGCUUAUGCAAGGAGAAAUAUGAAGUUGGUGAUGAUGCCGAAGACACGAGUGGUGAACUUGGUGAGGGCCAAGAGGAGGCAGAGAUGGAUCGCUUGGUUACCGUCGGAAUGCCUUUGGUUAGUAACUUAGACGGCUGGCAUUUUUUCAAGAGAGCUCGUCAACUGCGAUCGGGGUCACUGGUGCGAGACCUGGUGGAAAAGUUUGUUAGACAACGGGUUGAGGUCAACUAUCCUCCGAAAGAAGGCCGGCUUAUUGUCAUCGAACCAGUACGACAGAGAUCUCCUAAAGCAUCAGCGUUGUGACUUAUAAUCCUGUGUGUGAUAGAGUUAGAAAAAUUGUUACAGCUUAACGCCUUAACUAGCCUCGAUUUCACUAGCAGGCCCGCAAUAAAUGGAAGCAGCUACUGUUUCAUGCUGAUCCAUGCCUGCACUAUAUAGCUGUGCAGAUGUUGGGUUUGAUAUGGCCUUCAGAGUUUAACGCUCGUGUAUUUCUUGCAAGGCAAUCCAA